AACAACACUCAAAAAAAAAAUCUUUUAUUCCUAUAUAUAAAAAAGAUAAGAACAUUUAUAUAGUAUAAAUAUUCCCCUUCAAAUCUCUCUCUGUCUCAAACUGUUUGUCUACAGACGACAAGUAGAUUCCUUUUUUUUUUUUUUUUUGCUCUCUUUGCUUUCCAAUAAUUGUCAUAUUAUUUUCUCCAUAAACAAGAAAAAAUAUAAAGAUUCUUAGUUUUAUUUCCCGAGAAAAAAAAAUAAAAUCUCGAUUUCAUCUUCUCUGUGUCACCACCACCUCUUCACGGAGCUUGUUUGUUUUUUUUCAAGAUCAAUCAAGAUUUGAGCUUUUGAUGGAAUCAAGAAUGGAAGGAGAUGUGUAUUCUGGAUACCAGAUGGAUGGUAAACUGUUGCAGAAUUUUCAAAAGAGCUUUGUUCAAGUUCAAGACAUUCUUGAUCAAAACCGGCUUUUGAUCAACGAGAUCAAUCAGAACCACGAGUCAAAACAAGCUGAUCACUUGGGUAGAAAUGUUGGUUUGAUUAGAGAGCUCAAUAACAAUAUCAGAACUGUGGCUAGUCUUUAUGGUGAUCUCUCUCAUUCUUUCGCUAGAUCGGUUGAUGCUUCAUCCGAAGGGGAGUCUACAGGGACACUUAAAUCUGAUGGCAAGGCCAACAACAACAACAACCAGAAGAGGUUUAGAUCCGGGUAACAACAUAACCAACAGUUAAAAAAAACAAUCUUGAUGAUUUUGUAGAUUCAAAAGCUAAUUUGAUUGUGGAUUAAGGAGUGACAAUGUUUGUUGUUGUUGUCCAACAAUAUGAACAUUAAUAUUGUGUUUUUUCUUAAGGGUCUUCUUCAACAGUUUUGCUUCCUGUAAUCUCUGUUGAAAUUGUUAUCUACAUAAUGUUUUAUGUCUUUUGAUUCUGAGGUAAUAAAAGAAUUUUUCUUCU